CACCAGAAAAGAAACAUUUCUGACAAGACAGUACAUUAAACUAAGGUUAUGUAUUUAGCAAAAAAAAUAUUGGCAAAUUGAAAAUGAACAAGGUAUUUUUACAAAUCACAGCUAAAAAGCCUUUGCUUCUUACAGUGCGUAACUACGCUUUUAAAACCGACUUGAAAAUCAAAUGGGUUCGACCUGAAAAAAUCCCAUGCUACAAGCCUCAGAAAUCAGGAGAUUUAGCAGGAAUACCCGAACAAGACAAGGGCCAGUAUUUACUAGAGUUUAGAAAUUCUAAAGAAUUGGAGUCUGCUAAUGAGCACGUAAAACGACUUUUCACUCUGGAGUUCAACCCCAGUAAGUGCACGAAAAAAGCAUACCGCCAAGCAAGCACGGAUUUGGUCAGAAGUCAUGAUUUUGACCAUAGUUCAAUUGAAGUGAGACUAGCACGAUGGACUGGUUACAUUCGAGCUUGGCAAGAGGUGGUGGAACGUUUUCCUCGAAAUCAACGUCUGAAAGUUUGUUUGAAGGAACUUAUAGAUAAAAGGAAAAAGCAUCUGAAGUACCUCAGAAGAUGGGACUAUAAAAAGUUUGAAUGGCUCAUUGAGCAAUUGAACAUUGUUUACAAACCACCACCAUCCGAAUUCCAUUGGAUUACCAGAAAGGAAUCAUUAGUCAAACUGACUGAUAAGUUCUGUGAGAAUAUCAAGCAAGAGAGACUAAAUACCUUAAGGCUUAAAUUUGAAAGUGAACAACCAGCCUUUCUUGAGGAGAAAAUCAGGUCAUUGGAAUUCAUUAGAAAUGAGCAAAAAGACUGUGGUGUUGAUGUCACUGUGCAGGACGAAGAAAUUGAUAAAGUGAAGAAGCAGCUGGAAGAAUUAAAAUCGAAAACUGUAGUCACCGAAGAAUACUAACGAUGAAACAAACCGUAUACUUAAGAUUGCAAUUCAGUUAAAUCUUAAAUAGAUAGUUUUCUGU